AUGUUAAAACACUUUUAUCUUCAGGACUAUGUUGAUCAUUUUGAAAAUUUCUUUGAAAAGUUCCAAUGCCUUGAGGAUUUUACGUUGGGAGAAAUAUUCAAGUCCUUUUCUCAAAUUCCUGCGCUGAAAUAUUUGAAUUUAUCACAUUUG